AUGGCAUCGAAUUCACCAGAUAACGAAACGCCUAACGAGCGGCCCUCCAAGCGGCGCCGUGUGGCUAUCGCCUGCGAUGCAUGCCGAACCCGCAAAUCCCGAUGUGACGGUAAGCGGCCCAGCUGCUCGUUAUGUCAGGAUUUGGGGUUUGACUGUGUUUAUACGCCGCCGCCAACGGCCGCUAAUGUUAUCGUGCAGAAAGACUAUCUGCACGGACUUGAAGAUAGGGUAAAGCGGCUUGAGGAGUCGCUUGGGGCUGUAAGGGGUGAUUUGGAUGGAUUGGUGAAAAGAGUUGACUCUAGGCCGGAAAAGGACAGGGAAAGGGAGUCUGUAAUCUCUGGUCAAAAUGUUGGCGAGGGUCAGGAGCAGACGAGAAUUGCUGCGCCAAUGCCUGAUUUGAUUGGAACGGAGGAUUCAGUCGAUGGUAUGGGUGCGGUUAUUUUUGCUGAUGAAGAGGAUUCCGGAUUCUUUGGCCCUUCUUCAAAUAUUGCAUUUCUUCGACAUUUGUCGAGCGCUAUUGUCCAACCAGGGUAUUUCCCGUCACCUGGCGCCGCUGAGGGUGGCUUCGUCAAUGCAUCGAGACCAUCAUCGCCUCUAGGCCAGACAGGUCAAGAUCGGCGCAUACAAGUGAACAUUUUUGCUUUGCCGCCCCAAACAAACACAUUGAAGCUUGUUGAACGCUAUUUCUCUAACACCGGCUUGCUAUUUCCUUACAUAUACCCACCAGUCUUCCUGGACAUGUACCACCAGAUGACACGGGAGAACUUCAGUCGGGUGCGGAGAACUUGGCUCGGUUUGUUGAAUAUGGUGCUGGCUAUGGCUACUAUUACUGCAAUUCCUGGAAGUGCUAGCGCAGAUGCUCGGAUCGAGGAAUCGGAUGUCUUCUAUCAGCGUGGCCUCGGCUUAUGUGGGAGUGAAAUUUUGCGAGGAACAACCUUAGAAGUUGUUCAAUAUUUGCUUCUGAUGGGCCAGUAUUUACAAGGCACGCAAAAGUCAAUACAAGCAUGGACCGUCCACGGUUUAGCCGUCAAAGCCGCUCUUCAGCUUGGGUUACAUUCGCGGCAUGCUUCUAAAUUAUUUUCCCCUAUCGAGCAGGAGAUGCGAAAGCGGACUUGGUAUGGCUGUGUGGUUUUAGAUCGAACUCUGAGCAUGACCUUUGGCAGACCGGCAGCCAUUCCAGAUAGCUACGUCAAGCUCGAGCUUCCCACGAAACGGGAAUUUGAAAAUUCAACUGGGCUUGCGGAUGACGAGACCGCGGCCUUGAGCGUUGCGUUCUUCAACUCGACAAUUGGACUCUAUAAACAGCUUUGGAACGUCUUAGAGCUUCUCUACGGCCAAAACAUUGGCUGCGAUGGUCCAUUGCCAGUCAGCGAAACUGUGGCCCAUAUCUUCAGCUUGGAACAGCAAUUGUUCUCCUGGGAACGGUCGCUUGCCCAUCCAUUACAACUUACAUCGUCGGCUAGCAUUGAGAAUCUUCCUUAUGAUCAAAUUUCGCCCGAUUCCCAAUGUCUCUCUUUGAAGUUUCAAGUCAUCCUGACCUUGAGAUAUCUCAAUCUUCGGGUCUUGCUCCACCGCCCAAUACUGGUCAAGUUCAUCACCGCAAGCAGGUGCCAUGAUCGCGAUCCUCAGGAUAUGAGACUGUUGCAACAAAUCGGUAUGAGCAGCUUGCAGAUAUGCGCGGAUUCCGCGAUGGAGAUCAUUGAUAUCGUACACCGCGUGGUAUCAGAACCUGGAUGGAAGCGCGGCCUUUUAGGAGCUUGGUGGUUCUCAUUAUACUACACUUUUAACGCGGCACUGGUCCUUAUCGGAAUGAGUUGGGUCUACCGCGAUACCAGCCUAACAAGCUCCCCAAUGACGGACCAAGCAAGCAAAGCCAGACAAUAUCCCGGUCGUGCAGUAGCAGCACUUUCCAAGCUCGAUGAAGGCAACCGGUUGAUUGAUCGAUGUCGGUAUUACUUGGAACAAUUCAGCAAUGUGCUGAACGAUCCUGGAAAAAACUUCGAUACCUCGGCCGUAACCGUUCCCGCUCUCCAUGGUACUCGAGCAGGUCUCACAGGGGACGACCUUAGUCUCUCGCCAUUUGGUAUGGAGCUUGGCGAGUUCAUGAUGGAUGGGGAUCUUGUUGCGAUGAUGGAUCGCCAGGGACUUCUUCCCACGGAUCCCGAUUCAACCUUUACUGCUUGA